AUGUGCAGCCCCGAGUGCUGUUCGGGAAAGUCGCCCAUUGCCCGGAGGCUGCAGGCCCUGAAGCAGCAGCGAAUGGACGAGGAGGAGGCCAAGAGAAGGCCCAAACCAGUGAUCUGCACGCCGGAGAGCCAGCUGUACGCGUACGGGGAGAUCGAGGAGAUGGCCCAGCACAUCAUGAAAGUGUGCCACAUGCGUCCCAAGAUCGGGAUUAUAUGCGGCCAGUACCUGCGCCAGCUUAUCGACAUUAUUGAGGAUCCGGUGCUCAUACCGUUCGAGGAUAUACCCCGUUUUCCGGUGUCCCCCCUGGAGGGUCAUUGCAACCACCUGAUCGUGGGCACCGUAAUGGGGGCCACCGUGAUGGCCAUGCAGGAUCGCUUUCACACGUACGAGGGCUGGCAGCUGGCCAGCAGCGUCCUGCCCGUGCGCGUAAUGAAGAUGUGCGGCGUCCAGCACAUCCUGCUGACGUGCGCCGCGGCGGCAGUGAAUCCCCAGUAUGCCGUGGGCGACAUUGUGCUCAUCAAGGACCACAUUAACAUGCUGGGAUGGUUGGACAGGACACCGCUGACGGGGGCCCACGAUCCGCGCUUCGGCGUUCGCAAGCUGAAGAUGACCCGCGCCUACGACAGCCACCUGCUCGACAAGAGCCUGGAGAUUGGCGUUGCCUUGGGCCUCGAGGAUGUCCUCCAAAAGGGCGUCUUCGCCUGCCUGAGUGGCCCCACCUACAAGACGAACGCCGAGGGGCAGGUGCUGCUUCGGAUGGGCGUCGAUGCUGUGGGCAUUUCCAUCGUCCACGAGGUGAUUGUGGCCCAUCACUGCGGCCUGAAGAUCUUCUCGCUGGGCAUCAUUACGCUGCCCGCCAACGAGGCGGAGGAGACGGAGGCGAUGGAGAUGCCCAUGCACCGUGUGCAGGCCUGCACCAAUCUGAUCUCCCGCCUCAUCUACUACAUCCACAACGAUCUCUGA